AUGUCAGGGAAGUCGGCAGGCCCUCCGGCUGACACUGCCAGCUCCGUGGAGGUCAGCGCAUCUUCGGACAUGACUUACACGAGGCCUCGAACGAGGCAACGGAUCCGGAAGACCCCAGCUCAGUUGCAUGUGCCGGAUAUCAAUGACGAUGCUGCGGAACGGAAGAGGGUGCUGAACGUGCUGGCCCAGAGAAGAUAUCGAGAGCGCAGGAGGAAGGGAAACAAUGCCAGUGAUACGUCUAAGAAGAGAGAUGCCACAACAUCUUCUCAAGCGCCAUCUUCAUGCAGCCAAACCCCAGGAGCUAGCUCCAGUCGCAGCUCGGAGGAAGCCGCGGGCAGACAGAAUGACCUGGAGUUGGCCAGGUCCACUGAAGCGGUACCGUUGGACAUGGACGUGUUUCUCGACGGGGAAAUCGACCCGUCCUGGCCAGCAACUACGGCAGAAUUUCUUGCAGGCCCUGCGCUCUCGACCACCGACGACUCCUCGACAACGGAUCUGACACUGGGGGCUGCGCUCGGCAACGAUUUGACACCGUCCACCAUCGACCCUUCCAUACUCACCGCCUUCUCCUCUUCGUCACCCUCGACCACCUCGACGUCCAUGACCACGCCGCCGUCUUUCCCCGACACCUACCUGCUGCCGAUGCCGCAGCUCACCCUGCUCAAGGGGCUCCUGCGCGUCGCCUUCCGGCUGGGCAUCAGCUCGGAGAUCUGGCACCCGCAGACGCUGUCGCCCUUCUACCUGGGCACCGUCAAGCCCGAGACGGCGGCGGCGCUGCCGGCGUCGUGGCGGCCGACGGCGACGCAGCGCACGGUGCCGCACCACCCGGUGCUCGACCUGCUGCCGUGGCCGGCGGCGCGGGACCGCAUGAUCCAGGUGCUGGCGCUGCCGACGAGCGCGGACGGCGGCGGCGGCGGCGGCGGCGGCGGCGGCGAGGAAGACGCGGAGCUGGUGGGCAUGAUGCCGAUGGGGGGCGGGGCCGAGUGCGACCGGGCGCUGGUGCUGUCGCGGCUGGUGUACGACAUGGAGGACGGGGCCGAGGGCCUGCGGAUCUGGGGCGCGGACCCGUACGAGGCCGGGGCGUGGGAGGUGGGGCAGGUGGUGUUUGAGCGGUGGUGGUUCAUGUUUGACCGCGAGAUUGUGGACCAGAGCGACCGGUGGAGGGAGAUGAGGGGCGCGGCGAGGCUGAGCCUGGGUCGCGGCGGCGGCGGCGGCGGCGGGAAUGGGAUGGAUAUGGGCGGCGGCGGGUUCGGGAUGAUGGCCGGGAUGGGGCCGGCGGCAGGAGCCGGGAGUUAG